AGUUUUAGUUAGUUUCUGAUUCUGAUUUAUUGUGUUUCUUGACACGAUGGCAAAGGAUCUUAUUAUCUUAGCAUAUUCCGGUGGAUUAGACACUAGUUGUAUUUUGAAAUGGUUGAUUCAAAAGAAUUACGAUGUUGUGUGUUACAUGGCUGAUAUUGGUCAGAAUGAAGACUUCGAGAAAGCCAGCCAAAAGGCAAAGCUUAUCGGAGCUAAAGAUGUGAUCGUUGAAGAUUUGCGGAAAGAAUUUGUUACUAACUACAUGUUACCUGGCAUACAAAUGGGCUUAGUUUAUGAAAGCCGGUAUUAUUUAGGUACCUCUUUAGCGCGUCCAUGCAUUUCCGUUGGAAUAGUUAAUGCUGCUAAAAAAUUAGGUGCCAAGUACAUUUCACAUGGAGCUACAGGCAAAGGGAACGACCAAGUUCGUUUUGAGCUUAGUGUUUAUUCAUUAUGGCCAGAAGGAAAGGUGAUUGCUCCAUGGCGUCUACCGGAGUUCUUUAAUAGAUUUCAAGGACGACCCGACCUCAUUGAAUAUGCCAAACAACAAAACAUACCUGUUGCAGCCACACCUAAAGCUCCUUGGUCUACAGAUGAAAACAUAAUGCACAUCAGUUACGAAUCAGGGGUAUUGGAAGAUCCUGGUGCUAUACCUCCAACUGGAAUUUAUAAAAUGACUCGUGACCUCCAAGAAGCAGAUGAUUAUCCUUGUACCAUCGAUAUUUCGUUUGAAAAAGGUUUGCCAAUAUCUGUUAAAAUUCCAAGCGGACAAGAAAAGGCACUGGUUGUAUCAGAUCCACUAGCGUUAGUCGAGACAUUGAAUAAAAUUGGUGGACAACAUGGCGUUGGUCGCAUUGAUAUAGUAGAAAAUCGUUUCUUGGGCCUCAAGUCAAGAGGACUCUAUGAAACCCCGGCAGGAACUAUACUGCAUGUUGCUCAUUUGGAUUUAGAAGCAUACGCGCUCGACAAGGAAGUUUUUAGACUUAAAAAGUAUCUCCAAGAUAAAAUGGCUGACUUUGUGUAUAAUGGCUUUUGGUUUUCACCUGAAGCGACGUAUACAAGAAAAUGCUUGGAAUUAUCGCAAGACUCUGUCAACGGCACGGUAACGUUACAGAUUUUCAAAGGGAACGUUGCUGUACUCGCCAGAAUAAGCAGUACAAGUUUAUACAAUAAGGACUUAGUUUCUAUGGAUGUUGCUGGAGGAUUUUCUCCAGAAGAUAGCACUGGCUUUAUCAAUAUCAACGCAGUCAGGCUUAAAGAAUAUGCACGAUACUCUGCUGUUACAAAGCUUUAAAACGAAUAUCUAUACUAACUGCGUUUGUUCAAAUAUAAAUAUAUAGAUAG